ACAAAAAAGAAAAAUUAGGUAUAACCAUGGUUCUGAAGUGUACUCUGUCUUACCCACAGGAAUCUGAUCUGUUAAAACCUAGGUUUGUUAAUAGACCAACAUGUGUUCUCCUGCCAGUCCCAAAAUCAUAUACAGGAAUUCCCGGUUCCUCCGGUUGGCUUUUCUGCAGCUUUAUCACCAGCAACAGAGUGGGAUGUUCUGUGAUGUUCUUCUGCAAGCAGAAGGUGAGGUUGUCCCAGCCCAUUGCUGUAUCCUGUCUGCCUGCAGCCCCUUCUUCAAAGAGCGCCUGGAGCAGGAGAGGCCAGCUCAGGGAUGUAAGGUGGUACUGGAGCUGGGCGGCCUGAAGAUCAGGACACUUAGGAAGCUGGUAGACUUCCUGUAUACCUCAGAGAUGGAACUAUCUCAAGAAGAAGCCCAGGAUGUGCUUUCCGCUGCCCGUCAGCUCCAUGUGUCUGAGCUAGAAUCCCUUCAGCUAGAGGGUGGAAAAUUGGUGAAAGCCCCUCAAGGCCGAAGACUGAACCGGGAGUGUUUACAACCUCCAAGCACUGCACCAAUCUCUGCCAGGGUGGUGGCAUCCAGCCACCGCCCUCAAACUCCACUGCCUGUUACUCAGACUCCCUGUCCUUUCGGAGCAGUGAGAUUGAAGUUGUCAGGGAAGGAUGAGGGGCCCCAGGACAAAAGCAACCGCCAGAAUGCAGAGAACUUGUCUGGCACUCUUCUACUCAAGAGGAAGGUCAGAGCCUGCACAGCUCCACAAGAAGAAAGCUCUUCACCAUCAAGUCACAGUCAGGGGUCUAAAGAGAACAAGAGUGAUGCCACUCUUGGUCCUACAGAGCUUUCUCCACCCAGUUUGGAUCCGUCUGUGGAUAAGCGACUAUUGCCCAGAAAGAUCAGGCUGAGCCGUUCAAAGCCAUCACAUGAUGUCUGCACAUCCAAGUCUUCCAGCAUUUUAAGCGGACCCAGCUCAGUGCCUGCAGCCCCUGGCCGGCGUCUUUGGCGACAGAAGAGCAUAAAUAAAGUGCCAGAGGACAAGCAGAAACCAGGGAGAGCUAGUCCUCUACAUAGCACCCCAAGCCCAUCUGGUCUUGGAAAGAUGGGUGGGAGUAAGAAACAGAGUCCUGAAGUCAGGGCACCUAACUCAGACUCUGCAGAGGAGGGGCAGGUUGGAAGAGUGAAACUUAGGAAAAUUGUCAAUGGGACCUGCUGGGAGGUGGUGCAGGAGCCUCCCCUCAAAACCUCUCAAGUUAGCCCUCAUGUCCCAGAACCUGGAGACUCAGGAGAGCCUCCCGGGGCUCAGCUAUCCUCAGCUAACCAGCAGGAAAUAUCUACUACAGUAGACCUGGGUCAGGACUCCCCAGUGUGCUCUAGGCUAGAAGACAUUCUGCUGUCUGCUAGCUGCUCCCCAGACCACCCAGUGGUGAAGUCUGAGUUUGGGUCCAGUCCAGAGCUGGUAGGGAAGGAACCUGGGUUUGAUAUUGACUGCAGAGAGGAAUAUGCAUUCGAUACAGCCCUGCUGGGGCAGCCCUGUGAAGCUGAAGAGUACCGAAUCACAAGCGUUGCUGCCACCAAUGAGCUGGAGGAGAUCCUAGACUUCAUGCUAUGUGGCUCAGAUAUUGAGCCACCUACAGGAUCUCUGGAGAGUCCCAGGGCUGAGGGCUAUAGAACUCCUAGUUAUCACCUGACAGAAACAGGAAAGAACUGGAUGGAAGGGGAAGAAUGGUAUUUACCGGACAUGGAACUCUGGCCCAGGGAGCUCACAGGAUUGGAAAAGGAACCUGUUGGUGAGAACAAAGAACCAGUUGAACCCAUUAGCCCCCUUGUCAUACCCUCUAAGAUUAGUGAAGGGGAGGUGCUUUCAAUAGGAAGCUCUUGGAUUCAAGGCCAAGAAACUCCCAGCUCUCAGCCACUGGAUAGUCAGAGAGAGAGACUUCACAUUGACUCCCUUGACCCUCCCCAAAGUUCCUAUGGGGUCUUCUCACCUCCCUGUUCUAACUGGGUGGAGACUGGGCCAGAAAUGUCCCUAGCAAUGGAAGAAGUGUUGUACCCUGCUCCAGAACCAGGAAAGGAGGUACUUAUCAACUGUGAACCAAUGGACCCACUCUCUGCCAGUCCUGAAGAGGAAGAAAUUGAUGUGGUAGACUGGACAUCAGAGGGGAGACUGGUACCCACCGGUAUUCCUUCCGUGUGGCCUGACCCUUCCUCAGAGUCAGAAACAGAGGUAGACAUACUAACCUAGUGGGAAGGCACCUUAGGGGCACUGGGCGGAUAAGAAAUGUUGGUCAGCAAAAGAGCUAUUGGCAUUGAGGCUAGGACAUGUCCUAUGUCCUGUCCUUUUGGCACAAGAGGCAGGCAUACCCCUUGUUCUGUAGGUCCUGCACUCCCCCUCACCCCCUGCCCAUUUCUGGGAGUUAGGCAGAACUCAAGUAGUACUAUGGGUAGGAAAUUAUGAACCACCUUAUAAUUUACUUCCCAGUAACAAGUGGAACAAUAAACUGUGUGGUCUCCAACUCUAGUAGGUAACAGCCAAGGCCAGGUCUCCCAGGU